AUGAAUUAAAGAAAAUAUGAAAAGCAAAGCAGAAAAUCAUCUCAAAAUAAAAACUAAGAUUUAGAAUAAAACCCCAAAAGGAGAUGGUCUAAGUAAGAUACUCCAAGGAACUAUGAUAAUAUCAAUAAAUUAUAAUAUAGUUUUGACUAUUCCACGAUAAAUAACAAAUAUUUAUAGUAAAUAAGGAACAAUACUAAAAUUAAAUAACUUAUUGCUAAAUAGAAAUUGGAAUAGCAGAAUUCCCAUCUUUUUAAAAUUCAACAAGAAUUCAUACCAAAACCAAAGUGGCAAAAUUAUUAAGAUAGUUUAUAAUCAAUGAUAAAUCAAUAAAAAUAUUUUGCUUAUCUUGACUAUUAAGCAUCCUGA